ACUCUUCGAAAGAUAAACUCGGCACCUGCCUGCACGCCCACACCUCCCGAUCCUUUGUCAGCCCGUGGCGACCUCUCAGGUGGUUACUUUUCGUUCCACGAAGAUCCCAAGGGCUCUACCUCUGGCCCUCGCCCUCAACCUCAAUCAACCAGAACCGAGGGUCGAUUGCCUAGACACAAGGCCGCUUCUCUCACUGUCGACUCCUCUUUUCAAGCCGACCUCCGUGGCGCUUCCCGAUCUGCAGCCAUGGCGCCAUCAAUCCAUCUCUCUCCUAUGAGCACUGCCGACCCUUCAGGUUCAUCCGGCGUCAACACACCCGUUACCUCGUAUAUCCCCAGUGGCGUUCACGAUACAUCCUUGCCAAUGGGCAAGUACUACCCUUCGAACUACGAGCGAAACAGCAGUCAAGAUGGCCGCAUAGGACCUUCUGGACCCCCGAGCCGUGUAUCGUCAACACGAUCAGAAGGUCACAUCCCAACACGCGAGGCCUUCAGGUCAUCCUCACGACAAGACUCCGAGGUCCGCCGCAAGCUACAACAAUAUCAACGAGACAUGAUCGCCCAGGCGAGACUGGCGGCGAGUGAAGUGCUUGGAAGUUCACCAAGUCAAGUCACCGCGGCGGUUCCUAGCUCCACUAUUACCUUGAAUGGGGUACCCUUGACGAGUUUACACCAUAUCGGAAGCACCGGCGUCCACAAACCCAUCUCACCGAGGCUUUUGCCACUAGGAAGCCCGGGGCCCGUGACGCCGAUGGAUCUAGAGGUAGGAUUAGGGCAGAGUGGAUAUCUCGAUCGGGGUCGCAAUGAUGAGAUUGCCCGCGUGUUACGGGCCGAGGAAGACCGGAUCCGCCGUGAGGGAGCAACUUCGCCGGCGGUGGAAGCGGGUCCGCAAGUUUUCUAG